AUGGUUUCAAAAAUUUUUAGACCUUUACCAAGCAAAAGAUAUAAUUGCUUUAGUGUUAGGAAAUUACAGCCAAACGGCGAUGAAAGCUCCUCGGAUGAAGUUAUCGAAGAGGAUCUGGCGCCUGCCGAAGGAUACAGACUUGUCUCAAUGGACAGUCUUCUUAAAUUUGUGAAGAGGAUUCACGCACAAACUCCAUGUAAUUUAGAUAAGAAUUAUGUGAGUUAAAUUAUAAGACCUAUGAACUACGAUUUAAAAGCUGUUUUUCUGGAUCAAUUCUGAGCCAGAAUUAACACAGUUAUAUCGCUUUAUUAAUAAGAGUGUUGAUUGUCUUUAUUGAUCUAUUAGGCCAGAUACAAAUAUUGGAGAGUUCCUAUAACCGGUUUGGACUUGGUAGCUCGCUUUAUGCCAAGUGCAGUGGUUGCAGCAUGUCCGAGUUUCUCGCAACUGGUAGCCACCCUUAAGAUGAUGUUAAUCCGAGGACCCUUCAAGGAAAAGAUGUCAACAGAAGAAUGGUAUUUGCUACAUUUGAGAGUGGAAUUGGAAAAGAAGGAGUAGCCAAAUUUUGUGAGGUCUUCAAUAUGCCUUUUAAUAUGUCACCUGACACCUGGUACAGCCAUGAAGAGACCCUUAGUCAAGCGUUUCAAGAGGAAACAAGUGUACAGCUACAAAAGAACUGUGCAGAAGCCAGAAAGCUUGCCAUGCUUGAGGAAGGUAUUGAUGAUGAUGAUGAUGACGCUGUUGCUACUGUAGAUAUUUCCAUGACUUUCGAUGGUACAUGGUCAAAGUGUGGCUACACUGCCAAACACUGUAUUGGCUUUGUGAUAUCUGCAGCUACAAGAAAGGUCCUGGAUUUUGAAAUAAUUUCUAAAGUGUGUCAACAAUGUACUCAAAUGAAAGCAAAACUUAAUGAGGCAGGUUUCAAUGACUUGUACCAAGACCAUAUCUGUGAAGGUUCCUACGGAAGGAAGACCAUCUUCAAGGAAAAGCAGAGUGUGAGAGAGUUAUAA